UAUGCCAAUCCCGUUUUGUCCAUUUCAAAUGUUCGUGCAUCGACGGCCUUUUAAUAAGUAAUUUAAAAUAAUUACGUUAUUACGUUCUUCGACGAGUCUUCUGGUGUUAAUUCGGUUUCAAUAUAAUAUAAAAAAUUCAUAUACAAAGGAUACAAGGGUUAUACUCCUGCCCCACGAUGAACAUUGAUGAUUUAUUUUUGGAUCCGCAAUACAAGCUUUUAAAAAAGUUGAAUUUAUCGAAUUAUCAAGAAACUGGUGAAAAUUGCCAGAAGUGUCAUGUAGAUGAAGUUGAUAAAUUAUUAUCUCUCAAAAGGAUUUUAUUAAAACAACUACGUUAUGAAAGAUGUGUUUCCCUAUCUGAAGCUGAAUGGGAUGAAGAUUUAAAGCUGGCAAAAGUCACCAAAAUUGCAAAAAAUCUUACAAAAAAUUAUUCACAUUCUUAUAAAGGGUCAAUAUAUUUAUACCCAGAAGAAUGUUUAUGUUUACUGGAAAUGAAAUGUUUAAUACUAAGAUGGAAUGAAAGAAAAUUAUCAAUUAAAAAUGCAUAUGCUUUAUUGCUGCAGGCAGGAAGUGGUUGUACUUUUGAACAAUUCAGAACCUAUGGUUAUUUGGUGAAGUUAGGAUUUCGUGUAUUUAAAUAUAAUAAUGAACUAAAAAACAAUAAUUACCAUAAAAAUGAUUUAACCAAAGUACCUGAAAUUCCAUAUAAAAAAAAAAAAGAUCAUGUAAAAAAAAUUAGAAAAUUUGACAGUCUAAUAUGUACUCCUAAUAAUAGAGAAUCUUUUCCAAAACUUAAAUCUACCGGUUGGGUGGUAAUAUCAAGACCAGAAUCAUGUUAUUUGCCUCAUAAUAUACUACCGAAUUACGAUACUUAUUCUUUCAAUAUAGCUGUGAGUUCCAACUCUAUUAAAAUUAUUAAAGUUGUUCCUUAUUAUGAAAAUAUGAAUUUAAAAAAAAAAAAAAAAUUCCCAAAAGAAAGUAUGAUAUAUGAUUCAUUUUUACUGACUGGAAACCAUCCAAUAUAUGAAAAAAAUAUUCUUAAAACAGUCAAGUUUGAUGAUACUAUGUAUAUACCACAAAUUAAGAAAUUGAAACUAAAUAGUUUACCAAUUACUAUUAAUAUGUCGUCAUCCAGUUUGAGCGAAGAAAGAAAUUUGCAUCCAUCAAAAUAUGAAGAAAAAAUGAAAAUCGAAGAAAAUAGUUUAACAAUAAUAAAUAAUACAGCAACAGUUGCAUUGACUAGUAACAAUAACUUUUACCCAUCAAAUAUUGAUGAAAAAAUGGAAAUUGAUAAAAAUUAUUUUCCUGAUUGUAUUAAUAUGAUAGCUUCUACACUGAACAAUGAAAAUAACUUGUGUAAUAUUACCCUUAAAGAAAGUCAUUCAGUGAAUAUAAACCAAAAAGAUUUAAAAGAUGAAGUUACUGAAGCAAAUUCAACCUUUAAUCUUAAUUUCAGUAGUACAGUAAAAAGUAUUUCAAGUAAUAAAUUAGAACCUACAUCGUCCGAUACUAUUCUUGAAGAUGAAACGAUUAAUAAGCUGUUAAACCUACCAAGUCAUAUUAAACAGAAACUAUAUGCGAUUAAACCAUCUCAUGAUCUUAAUAAACCAAUUGAAAAAAUUGAAAAUGUGAUUUAUGAUGUUUAUUAUCCUGAUAAUGAUGUUCCAAAAAAAUCAAGACCUGCACCAGACUAUAGAGUUAUUGUUAUUGAAAAUGAUGACACCUUUCCAAAUAUAUACAAUGUCAAUACUUUUAGUCCUAAUGAUAAUGUAUCUACAUUAUGGGCUAUUGUUAAUUCAAGCUCUGUAUCUUUUUAUAAUGUUAAUAAUAUAAUAUUGCCAAAAUCUACAGAUUGGGAAAUAAAAACCAAUGAUGAUUAAUUUUUAUUCAAGU